CCUUGGCCCUUCCUCCCCAAUUUGCUCCGCGCCGACCACGAACCGAACAGCGCGCCGCCGCCGCCGCUCCCUCUCCACCUCCAUUUCCUCCCCCUUUCUCCUCGCCUCCCUCCUUUACCGGAGCCACCAGAAGCGUCCUCGGCAGCCGCCGCAGUCUCGCUGCCGUUCGCUUCGCCGACCGAUCCGGCCGUGCGGGACGCGGGAGGGUUUGGCGCCGGAGGCAGGCCAGGGCGGACGGGAUGUUCUCCGGCGACUGGACGCCGCCGUGCGGCAGCUGCUGCACCAAGAAGUACGCGAGCCUCGUGCAGAUCCCAUGGAGGGUGUUCUGCAAGAAGGGGUGCAACGCGGACGGCGACACCUGGGAACAAUGCAUAGGAAAAUGUACUGAAAUCUGCUACAAGGAUCCAGUGUUGGAAGAUCGGCAGUGGAGUGCUUACAUUGAUCGAUCUCCAGGGCAGGAUAGUUACUCUUUGGAGUGCUUCAAUGCUUGUGUGUCUGGCUGUGGAUUCAGGGUACAUACUAAAUAUCCAAGAGCACCAUAUCUUUUUUUUUGCUUGCUGCUUCUUGGUUUGUGUAUCGAUUACUAUUAUGCCCAUCAGAAACCUAAGCAGUCAUCUGGCGCCGUUGCAUUGCAGUUUGAGGUCCCAACAGAGAAGGUUGAAGAGAUCAAGCCCAACAGGCCAUCCAAGCCGUCGCCACCUCCUGAAGUGAAGCGAACUACGAGUCCACCAGAUUCCACUGUGGGGAGCCGUGAAGACGUGCCAUGCACAUCGGCGUAGUUUCACACGCCUCCAAAUUUUGUAAAACCGAUGCAGUUCUUCUUGCCCUGUUCUUCCUGACCCGUCCUCUUCUCGUUCUGAAGAACGUACGGGAAAAUUAUCAUAGCUAGUGGUAAUUGCUAAAUUAGAGCGGGACAAAUUAUAGCACUGGCAGUGAAAGAUUGAUGGGGAGACGAGGAAUCCAGCGAUGUACUAUUGUGUUCAACUAACGGAGUUUUGUGCUAAAUGCAUGGCAUUGUGUUCA